UUUUCAGACACCACUUUCAGCCGGUCAUGCUCGAGCGCCGAUGACCGUCGGCGUCUCAAUUCUUCUUGUCAUUGUAAUUCUGUGUCGUGACAGUCAUCAGAUGUGGUGCCUUGACGGUUCAGAUUGUGCGAUAUCUAAUACAUGCUCAUUGUGCGAAGGAGCAGCUUGUCUUCGAGUUCAGAGAAACCAUCUAAACAGAGUCUCAAUUGCUCUCACUUGCCUUCCUCACGAUACACUUAUUCACACAUACUAUCCAGAAGGUUGCAAAAGGAUAUCGUUAUCUGAGAUAGCGUGUAUGUGUUCGCACAGAGAAUUCUGCAACACAUCAUCACGAACGACGAUGCCGCUCAGUUUACUUGUAUUAUCUUCUUUCAUUUUUCUAAUUUUGUAAUUUUCUAUUAUGAAUUAAUAAAAUAAAUGAAUAAAACCGAAA